GGAGCAGGAAAAACUGCUCCGCCGAAAUCGGCGGAGUGGGCCGGAACUCAGCGUGACGCACUUCCUUUAACACGUUUGACUGCUUGGGGGCGCAGCUGGCGCGCCGCGAGUUGUGUUGAUAAUGGGGGACGGCAUGGACGGCUCGGCUACCUCGGCAAAGCGUGUGGCAUUGCUUCUGCUACUCGAUAGCGACAGCCCCGAGUCGGAAAGCUCAAGUUCCGACACGAGUGAUUCGUCGGACAGUGACAGCGACGCUGAAGCUUGCGCUUACGAGCGGGAAUUCGACAGGAUGUUCCGCAUUCCCGCGAAGAGGCCAAAAGUUGUCGGUUUCAUCGAGGACGUCGUUCGGCAGUACUCUGACCACGAGUUCCGGAGGCACUUCAGGCUGGCUCGACCUGUGGCCGAAAAGUUGAUCGCAGAAUUUGCUGCCUCGUCAAUGUGCCCUUCGAGCACACAUGGAGGAGUUCCGGCGAUAUCUGCGGAAACGCAUGUCUUGACAUUUAUCUGGUACGCGGCCAACAAAACCUGCAUGCGAGACGUGUUAAGCCGUUUCGACAUGUCAGAAAGCACCGUGUACCGAGUCCUUCAAAGAGGAGCGGAGUUCCUCAUGACGCUGGGACAUCAGUGA